AUGCGUGUUGUGAAUACCCACGUCCAAGGGGUCCGUGUCCAGUGGCUCACGAGUAGAGUAAGCGUGCCGGUUACGGAUGUUCGAGCUCUGCUGAAUCCUGUGCGUGUGCCGCACCAUGAAUACCCUGGUGCGCUGUUCCCGGGGACGGAGAGGUAUGAAGCUCCGGAGGAGGAGAGGCCGGUUGUGAGGUAUAAACCGCCGGUUGCCUUGCCCGGGCAGGAUCAGGUGUAUCCGACGUAUUAUUGGCCUGGUGGGAUUCCGAGCUGUGUGCGGAGGUUUCCGUUGCUGGAGUUCACGCAGGAGCAGAGGGACGAAGGGGAGGAUGAUUUCCUGGAGGGGCAUAAGCUGGUAGAGGAGGCGAGGGGGUGGUUGUUGUUUGUGAGGGAAAAAUGGAUCUCGCGCGAAAAGGCUGGCAUCUCCGAAGAUGAAGAUGAAGACUAUGAAUUGCGACAACGGCGAGAUCUUGUCGAGCGAUGGGCUUCGGCGGAGCAAUCUUUUCGCGACUCCUUCCAUUCCCGGGCACCACCGCGCAAAUCAGCCACGGAUUAUCCCGAGGCAAGUCUACAUCGAAUUGAAGACCGACGCCACCAAUUCGGCGAAUUCAUCUGUCUCGCCAAGAUAGACACGCCCACAAAACGGGCCAGAUUCAUCAAGAUCCUAAUCCUCACCUACCAGCUAGACGGCGAGACCAUGCACCCCUUCGGCGAAGCGAACAUCCCAACGAUGGUGCAGCCCAACCCAGCCAGCUUCCCAGACCCCAGCACCUUCUCGAUAGACGACUUCAUGAUGUGGGCGUUUGUCGAGACCGCCGACUUCACGACCAUGACCAUGUCUCGCAGCGGACAUGUGCUCUUCGAAUCCGGCAUGAUGGGGCAUAAAUUCAUAGACCAGAACACCAUCGACACGGGACGCAUUUCGAUGGUCGAAUUCAAGACAAAUGGCAUGGUGGACCAGACCACCAUGCGGCUUCCGUUUAAUAUCUUUCAGGCAAUGAUUUAUAUAGCAGGGUUGGGCUGGGGCGUUGAACGUGUGGAAGAGUCGGCGGCCGGUGGAGAUGAGUCAAGUAAUGGACCCUUGGAUAUGGAUCUUCCGAUCCUUGAUAUCCUCGAGUCUGGGUUUGAAAACGACUAUCUCUCCUUCGAGGGGGGCGUGGAAACGUGGGCGGAAGAUAUCGAGAAAUAUGCACCGGGGUAUCUGGCACUGGAGAAGGAGGGGAAAGCGGCCGAGUAUGAUAUACGAAAUCUUGUAAAAGUAUAG